CAGGUCCAGGUGUUUACUUCGGUUACAUAAGAACAGAACAAUUAAGUAUGCCUCCAUUUACAAAACUUUCAACAAAUGAUCAACCAAUUGAUGUAAAAUCAUUUCCAAAUGAAGUUGUUUCCCUUCUACCUACUGCCACUGAUAAUACAGAUGAUCCGAAUCGACCGAAAGAUAUAUUCUCUGGUCGUGGUGUUAAUUUAACGCGAAAUACAAAACUUAUCCCGUAUCCAAUUAUUCAUAUGCUUGAACGACCUGGUGUACCACUAGGCAUUUGUUUGACAGAAUUUCAUCUUAUCAUUAUCUAUGUGGAUCGCAUUAAAGCUGUGAAUACUUUAGAUGGUCGAGCAGUUUAUUCAAUGCCGUUAAAUAAUAUCAUUGGCUGUGAACGGGCUUUAGGUAUAUCGCGUGACUCAUUAUCUAAUCAUAUUUGGAUAUUCAGCAAUAAUCAUUUGGCUCGAUUAAAUAUGAAGAAUGAAUUAUGUAGAAUAUGGCAAAUCUAUUUGGAUCGUCUACAGUUUGAUGAAGCGCGCCAAUUUUGUCAGGUAUGUUACCUCAUGAAAUAA